AUGCAAAGAAGUUUAUUAGGAUCAUUAUUAAUUAAUGGUGGUAAAAAAUUCAGUACACCAGUCACACCAUUCAAACAAAAUAACUGUAUUAUUCCAUCACAACCAUUAUUUAAACAAGCAACACAACAACAACAAAUCUUACCAUCAACUGAAAAUGAAAAUAAAAUGGAAAUUCCAACUGAAGAAGGUGAAAUGGAAUUAACAGCUGUACCAAAAAAGAGAGUCAGUUAUACAAGAAAUAGAAAGAGAAACUCUUCAAAGAAACACGAAAAUAUUCACAACAUUACCAUUUGUCAAAAAUGUAGUACACCAAAAUUAAGACAUAACCUUUGCUAUGUUUGUUUAAGAAAGAAUUCAGUUUAA